AUGGGCAAACCACGAAUGAUCAUUUUGAUCCGCCAUGCCCAGUCGGAAGGGAAUAAGAAUCGUGAAAUUCACCAGUCCAUCCCCGACCACCGGGUGAAGCUCACAGCCGAAGGACAUCGACAAGCGCAGGAAGCAGGUGGCAAACUGCGCGAUCUGUUACGGCCCGAUGAUACAUUGCAUUUCUUCACAUCGCCCUACCGUCGAACCCGGGAGACUACUGAGGGCAUUCUCGACUCGCUGACUUCCGAUUCCCCCUCACCAUCGCCCUUCCCGAGACACACAAUCAAGGUGUACGAAGAGCCCCGGCUACGUGAGCAGGACUUUGGUAACUUCCAACCAUGCUCUGCGGAGAUGGAGCGAAUGUGGCUGGAGAGGGCAGACUAUGGACAUUUCUUCUACCGGAUCCCCAACGGUGAAUCGGCGGCGGAUGCAUAUGAUCGGGUGAGCGGAUUCAACGAGUCGCUGUGGCGGCUAUUCGGAGAGAAUGACUUUGCCAGUGUCUGUAUCCUGGUCACUCAUGGACUAAUGACCCGUGUCUUUCUCAUGAAAUGGUACCACUGGAGCGUCGAAUACUUUGAGGAUCUCCGGAACAUCAACCACUGCGAGUUUGUCGUCCUGAAACUCAACCCGGACAAUGGAAAGUACAAACUUGAUAACCAGAUGCGCACGUGGUCCGAGUUGAGAAAACAAAAGGAGCUGGAAAGGCAGCGGGAGCACGAAGAAAAGGGGCUUAGUCCAGUUCCAACUCCCUCGGAUACUCACGUCCCAGUCAGACGAACAUGGGGUGGCUGUCCAGAUGGGUGUAAUCAUGGGAUUCCAAAGAGAGGCCAUAUUCGACCUGCAAGAGCAACACCAAUUGAUUCUCACCGAAAUGGCCAUGAUGGUCAAAAGACAACCGAUACGAACAACCAAGCGACAGCUCAGGACACCAGUAAGCAAGAAUCACCGGAACAGACCAACAUCGAACCAGCUCUAGGAGACCGUCCAGUAGACCCCAGGUUUUUGGAUGGAGAGGCCUCUCUACCAACUCGCACGUCGCAGUCCAACUCUUUUGAUCAAACACAAUCAACAUCAUCAACCUUGUCAGCAGACGAAUCCAACAAGAACGCUCAUCAUCAUCAUCACCACCAUCACCAUCACAGCACCAAAUCCAAACCCCCUCUCCCAUUCUCCCGCCGACCAGAACUCAACAACCGAGACAGUGAUGACCACCUUUUCCAUCGCCCACGGUCAAACUUCGCCCUCCUCCAGCUCGGCGGUCGAGACGGCGGUGGCUCCCUAAGCGGCGCCAACAGCCUCGCCCCAUCCGAAGACGAGCGCGACGACCACAUUCCCAAAUCCAAAUCCACUCCCGCUGCCACAUCCGCCGGUCACCAAGCACGGCCAUCCCAGGAUCUAGCCAAUGACGGCGACGACGAAGGAAACGGCAAGCAGGCGCAGCGAUUACGUCGGUCCCGAUCUCACCACCACCACCAUCAUCACCAUCACCACCACAACCACAAUUAUCCUCCAACGGGAAGACGCAAUCUAGACAAAGCCAUCAACGCCGACGCCUUGGGUGAUAUGGCACCAGAUGACACCGACACCAACACCAACAUAGAGAACACAACGCAACAAGAAACCAACACCGACACCGACACCCCGAUCACACAGAAACAAGAAAACGGGGCUGAGCCUCACGAACACGAACACGAAGGCGCCAGCGACGGUAAUGAUGCUCUCGAAGCCGAGCGCCAACAAGACCAGAGUAUCAGGGGAAGCGUUUAUUGA